CCAGACUAAAAACAGACAAACCAAAUGAGACUAAAACAGAAUGAGCUCUUCACACUUCAAAUUCGUCUAUGGCGAUGAAGCUCCUCAGGGGAUGCGACACUUGUACGUAGCGAUCAACUCUCCUUAUGUAUUUUCUCUCCAUUCUCGCUGAUCCCUGCACAUCGCUGUGGUAUUUAUUUCCUCUGCCGGCGGCGAUUUGAGAGGAUGCUAUCGAUAACAUCCGAGGACCUGAACUACCUAAUUUUUCGCUACCUUCACGAAUCCGGUUUUACACAUACUGCUUUUGCCCUGGGCUAUGAGGCAGGUAUACAUAAAAGCACUAUUGAUGGAAAUUUGGUCCCUCCUGGUGCUCUUGUUAAAUUCGUUCAAAAAGGGAUUCAGUACCUUGAAUUGGAAGCUAAUUUGAGUAAUGAUGAUGCUGACAUGGAUGAAGAUUUUCAACUUCUACAACCUUUGGACCUGAUAACCAAGGAUGUGAAUGAACUUCAAAAGAUCAUUAAAGAGAAAAAGGAAAAUCUUUACAAGGGUAAAUCCCGAGGAAAGGAAAAAGGUCAUAGUGAAAGUGAGCAUCAUGAGCGAGAACAUGUGAGAGAAAGGGAGAAGGAAAAGAAGCAAAGAGAUAAAGAUCGAGAACGCGAUAGAGAGAAGAUAGAGAAGGAUAGGGACAAAGAAAAAGGAAAAGACAAAGAGAAACCUCAUGAGGAUCUUAUGGAAGUGAAACAGUGUAGUGAUAAAAGUACUAUCCGGCAUGAAAUUAAUGAAAGUGCCAGAGAGCCUGAACCCAUGGAGAUUUGCACAAGCAUGACAGCCUUAUCAUGUGAAAUACCAAGUUCUGAUAUCAUUGUAUUAGAAGGGCAUACAUCUGAGGUUUUUGCAUGUUCGUGGAGUCCAUCAGGUUCACUUCUUGCAUCUGGGUCUGGAGAUUCGACAGCACGAAUUUGGACAAUUGGAGAUGGACCUUGCAGUUCUAGAAUACCGGGUGAACCAAUAAAUGUCGCUUUACUGAAGCAUUUCAAAGGCCGUAUAAAUGAGAAAAGCAAGGAUGUUACAACACUUGAUUGGAAUGGUGAUGGUACAUUACUGGCUACAGGUUCUUAUGAUGGUCAGGCAAGAAUUUGGAACAGAGAUGGCGAAUUGAUGAGUACAUUGACCAAGCACAAAGGGCCAAUCUUCUCCUUGAAAUGGAACAAAAAGGGUGAUUAUCUUCUAAGUGGUAGUGUGGAUAAAACUGCCAUUGUGUGGGACAUGAAGGCUGGGGAAUGGAAGCAACAAUUUGAAUUUCACUCAGCACCUGCACUUGAUGUUGAUUGGCGAAACAAUACCUCAUUUGCGACUUGCUCCACUGACACCAUGAUAUAUUUCUGCAAAAUUGGGGAUAACAAACCGGUUAAAACUUUCUCAGGGCAUCAGGGUGAAGUUAACGCUAUCAAGUGGGACCCAUCUGGUUCCUUGCUGGCUUCGUGUUCAGAUGAUUCCACAGCCAAGAUAUGGAGCUUAAAGCAGGACGCCUGUGUGCAGGAUUUAAGGGAACAUACCAAGGAGAUAUACACAAUUAGAUGGAGUCCAUCAGGUCCAGGUACAAACAAUCCUAACCAGCAGUUGAUGCUAGCAAGUGCCUCUUUUGACUCAUCCAUAAAGCUAUGGGAUGUUGAAUUAGGGCGUGUUAUCCACAGCUUGAAUGGCCACAGGGAGCCUGUUUAUUCGGUGGCAUUUAGCCCAAGCGGUGAGUACUUGGCCAGUGGGUCCCUAGACAAAUCCCUGAUUAUAUGGUCGGUGAAGGAAGCUAAGAUUGUGAAGACCUACACUGGAAAUGGGGGUAUUUUUGAAGUUUGUUGGGACAAAGAGGGAAAGAGGGUUGCUGCAUGCUUCUCAAACAAUCUGGUUUGUGUCUUGGACUUCCGCAUGUUGUAGGAUAUGUACCCUGUUCAUACAUGGGGAAUGCGAUUCCUAUUUGGGUGACCGUUCGACAAAACAUGGUUGCAUAUAGAAUUGUAACAGUUUCAUCAACACUCUUUUACCAUUUGGCUUUUAGAAUUACAAUUGUAAUGUGGGUUGGAAUCAUUAAUAGUGGUAGUUCCAGUUCUAGUCUUCUAGACCGACUGUUCUUCUAGACCGGGUUUGUUAUUGAUCUGGAUUUGGUCCGGUUAUAGAUCCGGUUUUGAAUGAGAAAAUAAUCAAAUAUUCGUGGGGGUGGGAGCCAAAUUAAAAACCGAUUGGUUAGGUUCUAAUUUGGAGGAAUUGGAAUAAGAUCAACAUAAAGUUUGGUGUCUGUUGGUUUCGUCUUGAG